UAGCCGUGGUCAACAUGCCGACUGUCAGUGUCAAAAGGGAUCUUCUGUUUCAUGCCUUGGGCAGAACAUACACUGAUGAGGAAUUUGAUGAGUUGUGUUUUGAGUUUGGGCUGGAGCUCGAUGAGAUUACCUCAGAGAAGGACAUCAUCAGUCGUGAGCAGGGGGACACCAAGGCACAGGGGGCGUCUGAUGUGAUUUUGUAUAAGAUCGAUGUUCCAGCUAACCGCUAUGACCUUCUGUGUCUGGAAGGGCUGGUCAGGGGCCUGCAGGUCUUCAAGCAGAAGAUGGAAGCCCCUCGCUACAGGCGUGUGAGUCCAGCCAGCAGUGAGCCUCAGAGGCUGGUCAUCACAGAGGAGACAACUGCUGUGCGACCCCACGCUGUGGCUGCAGUCCUGAGGAACAUCACCUUCACACAGGAACGUUACGACAGCUUCAUCGAACUACAGGAGAAACUCCAUCAGAACGUCUGUAGGAAAAGGACUCUGGUUGCCAUCGGCACCCAUGACCUGGACACCAUUUCAGGCCCCUUCAUCUACACAGCCAAACCACCUGGUGACAUCCGCUUCAAACCUCUCAACCAGGCAAAGGAGUACACCGCACAGGAACUCAUGAGCCUCUACAAGACAGACAGCCACUUGCGACACUAUCUGCACAUCAUUGAAGAUGAGCCUGUAUAUCCUGUCAUCUAUGACAGCAACGGCAUUGUUUUGUCUUUGCCUCCAAUCAUCAAUGGGGACCAUUCCAAAAUCUCCUUGAAUACAAAGAAUGUUUUUAUCGAGUGCACAGCCACUGAUCUUACCAAGGCAAAAAUUGUGUUGGACAUGAUGGUGACGAUGUUCUGCGAGUAUUGUGAAGAGCCUUUCACGGUAGAGGAGGCUGAGGUGGUGUACCCAGACGGAAGGACCUGUCAGUACCCGGAGCUGGCUUACAGGAAGGAAACUCUGUCAGCCGACUUCAUCAACCGCAAAGUUGGCAUCAGUGAGUCGACUGAGCAAAUCGCUCAGCUGUUGACCAAGAUGUGCUUGCGCUCAGAGGUCAUGAGUGACGGCGAACAGAUUGAGGUGGAGAUCCCGCCCACGCGCUCUGACGUCAUCCACGCCUGUGACAUCAUGGAGGACGCCGCCAUGGCGUACGGUUUCAACAAUAUUCCCCGCACCACGCCGCGCACAUAUACCGUAGCCAGUCAGCUCCCACUUAAUAAGCUGUCAGAGCUACUGAGACAGGACCUGGCUGCUGCUGGAUUCACAGAGGCCCUCACCUUCGCCCUGUGUUCUCAGGAGGACAUAGCUGACAAGCUGUUGAAGAACAUCUCAGAGACCAGAGCAUGUCACAUCUCCAACCCCAAGACAGCUGAGUUCCAGGUGGCGCGCACCACCCUGCUGUCAGGCCUGCUGAAGACUGUGGCGGCUAACAGGAAGAUGCCUCUGCCUCUGAGGCUGUUUGAGAUUUCAGACGUGGUGCUCAAGGAUGAAACCAAAGACGUGGGGGCCCGGAACAACCGUCGCCUGUGUGCUGUCUACUACAACAAGAGUCCGGGGUUUGAGGUGAUCCACGGUCUGAUGGACAGGGUCAUGCAGCUGCUGGAGGUCAAACCAGGCCAGGGAAAUGGCUACCACAUCCAGGCUGCUGACGAUUCCACCUUCUUCCCUGGUCGCUGUGCUGAGAUCUUUGCGCACGGGAAGAGCAUAGGACGCCUCGGGGUCCUUCACCCUGAUGUCAUCAACCGCUUUGAGCUCACCAUGCCAUGCUCCGCCCUGGACAUCGACAUCGAGCCCUUCCUGUGAUGUCACACGCAGACACGCGCCUGAACCUGUAACACCACCAAACUCAUCUACUCAUGUUCAGUCCAUCUCAACACAGGCUUUCCCAGCUCCAGCAGAGUACAGCCCAACCUGCUGCAGCUGAGCUCACAUUUUCACGCAAAUCUCCCAUUGACAUCACAUUGCAAGCUUGAGAUAUGUGCGAAAGUAAGGAUUCGGCCCCAAAUGAAUUGUUCAGUUUAUAUCAUGCGUGGUAUUUCUGUUGACAAAUGUACAACAGUGUAUGAAGUAACCAUUGAAAUUAUAGGCUGGUAUAUACAAAUGAUGUGGCUGUAUUUUUAUCUCCAUGGUAAUUAAAGUGAAUGAGAUGUCAGCCUGUGACUCAGUCCUGUGUUUUUGAAUUCAUCUCAAUCCUGCAUCAUUUGAGCUUUAACCAAUAUACUGUACUAUACAAUUUAAAGACAUUGCUCUGAGCAAUUGUAUCGACUCCAGUCAUUUACAUUUAAAGGUUUGUCGUAUACCAUAUAGGCCUAAUGCACUGUAUGAGUGUAAAUAACAGGAAGCCACAAAGCUGUGGUUCAACAGGUUUCCUUGUGGUGUCCAACUGGUAUGGUCUUGUUCGGUGGGUUAAUGGUCCUGGGCGGAGCUUCAUCUACUUGAUACAACAGGACAUGAACUCUGACAUACCAUACAGUACUGUAACUGCAGGUGUUGCUUAGGUCUGUUUCCGUGUGAUAGUUAUUUCGGACUUCCUCACCAAGGCAAGAAACACGUUAAAUAAAAUCAGUGUAACAUUGAA